GGGAGAGUUAUGGGUUGUAACUAUUUCUCCACAAACAACAGCUGGAUCUUAGAAUAAUGUCGUCACUUUAAGGUUGGCAGAUGUCUCCAUGAACAGAUAAACUAUUGCCCACAAAGUCAAUUCUAGAAAGGAACGUUUUAGUUUUUUAGCUAGGCUACCCAGCUAACACACAGACAUGGGUUUGAUGUUAACUGUCUUCUAUGUUACAUUCUAUUGUUGUAGACAUGCUAAUCAGGUGUGUUUAUCACCUGUUUUAUGUAUUAUUUCAUUUAGCAUUUUCUCAAAACCAAGAAAUGAUAUGGCUCAAAUGAAAGGAUUGUUUUAAACAGGGAGUCUUUGUUUUCAGGUUAAAAAGAAUAUGAUGUAUUUUUGUGUGUGUGUCCAUGUAGGAGAGAAGGGAUUAUUUCUUUGUGUGCUCCGGACCUUCACAUUCCUUCUCUCUGCAUGCAACCACAGCUUACAGGCCUACCAGCCCGACACAUGGGAAAAAGCCUUGGUCAGUCAUUUCCUUUCAUAGUAAAACGCUUACAGGCAGGCCAGAGGGGCCUGCGGUGUUUCUAGGCCAUGCAGUGACCUGGUGGCUUUGGCACGGGCCGACUCUGAUGACGAGAGGCUUUCUAUUGUGCUGUGAGCCUCAACGCUUGGCCUUUGCCAGUGUAUAAAGGCUUGGGUUGAGUGCUGAAGGGUCCAGCACAGGCCAGCCUCCCUCACACGGCACUGCGAGCUAUACUAACGCAGACUCUCCUGAAGCCCCCAUUAUGUCUCAGACCACCAAGUCCACCUCCAGCCAGGGCACCGAUGCCAAGGACAAGGGAGCCCCUGCUCCAGCUGCCUCCAGCAAGGCCACCAAGCCCGGCGACCCUGGCAUGGGAUCCUACAGAAUCAUGCUGUUCGACCAGGAGAAUUUCCAGGGCAGAAGGACUGAGGUCCAGAAUGAGUGCAUGAAUGUGUGUGACCGUGGUAUGGAUAGAGUGCGUAGUAUCAUUGUGGAGUGCGGCCCCUUUGUUGCCUUUGAGCAGAGCAACUUCCGUGGGGAGAUGUUCAUCCUGGAGAAGGGAGAGUAUCCUCGCUGGGAUACGUGGAGCAACUCCUACCGCAGCGACUGCCUCAUGUCCCUCAGGCCCAUCCGCAUGGACAGCACGGAGCACAAGAUCUGUCUGUAUGAGCUCUCCGACUUCAAGGGCAACAAGAUGGAGAUCCAGGAGGACGAUGUGCCCACACUCUGGGCGCACGGCUUCUGCGACAGAGUGGGCAGCGUGAGGGUGCCAGGAGGAACGUGGGUGGGUUACCAGUACCCUGGAUACAGAGGCUACCAGUACCUGUUUGAGUGCGGUGACUACAGACACUACAACGACUUCUCCGCCUUCCAGCCCCAGAUCCAGUCCAUGCGUCGUAUCAGGGACAAGCAGUUCCACCAGAGAGGAUGCUUCACCUUCACCUCCACCAGCAAGUGAAUGACACCUGCUGGCUGGGUGGUGCUGUUGUAGCCACGCAGGCCCCUCAGCUUUUUAUUUCUCCAAACGCCCCCUUUCUCCAUUCCGAUCCUAAACUUCCACCAUCGUGGCUCUAGAACAGAGGAAAGACAGAAUGAGAGCAAACAUGCUGGACAGCCUUAACUGACAUUUUAUGGUGCUGAAAAAUAAAUGUGAAAAACCUAAAACCUCCCUGGCUGGAAAACCUUUAUUCCUUCUACAGAAAAGCCAUCUAAUGCUCAGAUAAUAUCGGUGUUUAGGUGGUUUGCUUUGACUUUUUUUUUCAUUUUUAUCCCCUAAAGCAGACUGAUCAGUAAAACCGAGGGGCCUACGUGUAUGUUGUACAUGCUAUUUUUUCAAUAACCUUGUGUAUGAUAAAACUGUCUUUGUAGCAUUUGUAAGUUUUUUUUUUUUACCUAAAACAAUUACACAGUAACCUACAAUGUACCAUAAUACCUAUAUUUUUGUAUAGGGGAAUGCAAAUAUCAUCUGAGAUAUUGUCAACGCAGCAUUAUGAAGUCACUGUAAGUUAAAAUAUGAAUAGUUUGGACAUAUCAUAUAGUAUAAAGUUUUGGGGAGCCAAAUAUUGCAAUCCCUACUAUUUGACAUCUACUGUAUAAACAGUAUAAUUUAACACAUUACAAUGCAGUUAUACGCAGAUAUUCUUUAUCAUGGGUGUUUAUUAAAGU